AUGGCUGAUCAGAAAGUUGUGGAAAAUUCAGAAGCUGGAAAUGGCAGCCAAGUUGUGGUCAAACCAGUUUGUACUAAGAAAUGGAAGAGUUAUUGUGUGGUUUAUUUGUUGAGGAUUCUAACGUUAUUUGCAACUGUAUCGGCUACGGUGGUGAUGUCCAUAGACAAGCAAACCAUAAAUACGGUUGUUGCUACCAUUGGUAACACCCCUAUUCGGGCUAGUGUCACCGCCAAGUUCCAGCAUACCCCGGCAUUCGUAUUCUUUGUGAUAGCUAAUGCUAUGGCAAGUUUUCACAACCUGCUGAUGCUAAUUGUGGAGUUUACUGGACACAAGUUUGAUUUCAAGGGACUAAGACAUUUACUAGUACCGAUCCUCGACAUGCUGAACGUGGCUCUAAUCUCAGCUGGGGCCGGGGCGGCCGUGUUCAUGGGAGAGCUGGGCCGAAAUGGGAAUUCUCAUGCCAGAUGGAACAAGAUUUGCGACAAAUUCGACACUUAUUGCAACCAUGCAAGUGGGGCCAUUAUUGCUAGUUUAGCAGGGCUUAUUCUUAUGAUCAUCAUCAACGUUGUUUCCAUUGCAAAGCUUCGGAAUGUUCAGAAAUCAGCCGAUUCCUCCAUGCUUCCUUGA